AUGACAACGUCAGCGUCUCGUCUGGUAGGGACAACAGGUUGGCUAGCACCGGAGCUAAUCAGUGGAUGCGGCCCUUCGAAGGAGAGCGAUAUAUGUGCUUAUGAGUGUGUUUAUUACAAGCAGUCGCCUAACGUUGUUCAAGGCAAACAUUCCCCACGACCCCAAGGUCCAUUUAUAUUACAUCGACGACACUGGGCCGUAAUGGACCGAGAAGCAAUACAAAUACAGAAAGAGCUCAAGCACGGACAAUCGUUGACUCAACUCCGCGUUGCUAGGGUACAGCUUUGGGUCAUGAUGCUGCGAAAUUCAUUGAUUGUGUUCAUUGAACGAUCGACCAUCUACCAAAUUCUUGGAUGCGCUGGAGGAUGUGCGGCAACGGCAACGGAGACGGAUAUCGAGGUCCUUGGAAGAAGGUAA